UAUCAUACACCUUUCUCUCUCUCUCUCUCUGAAAUAAAUUGCUUUUUGGUUACAUAAACAGUUACAACAAAUCAUGACGGCAUGUCCUCGUCGGAUAAGCGCCGGGGCAGGGGCGUCGGACUGUCCGAUACGGUUAGGGAAAUCACCGCGGACGGCCGAGAUUUUACGGUUACCUCGCCACUAUGUAAUGAGUCAGCGGCGGAGGAUCGCGUUGAGAUCGAGGCUGUGGAUAGUCGAAGCGGUGGGGCACGGAGGGGCGUGGGAGCGAUCCGACGGCCGGGACGUGGAGGAGAAGGUGGUGGGACCGUGCCCGUACGCUGUGGAGGAUUUGGCGGAGAAGAGCGUGACAGUGGAGGAGGAGGAAGUGGAAGAGGAUGUGAAGAGGGAGAAUAAGAAGAAUUUGGAUCGGACAGUGAAGGUGGUGGUAGCAGCGGCGAUUACGGUGGUGCUGGGAGUAGGGAAUCGGGUGUUGUACAAGCUGGCCUUGGUUCCUCUCAAGCACUACCCCUUCUUCCUCGCUCAGCUCGCCACUUUCGGAUAUGUAGUUGUAUACUUCUCUAUCUUGUAUCUCCGGUACCGUGCCGGCAUUGUUACGGAUGAGAUGCUUUCUAUGCCGAAAGCUCCAUUCCUGGCUGUUGGCCUCUUGGAGGCACUUGGUGCUGCUACUGGAAUGGCAGCUGGAGCAAUUCUUUCUGGAGCAUCAAUCCCAAUUUUGUCUCAGACUUUUCUCGUGUGGCAAAUUCUUUUGUCAAUUGUUUUCCUUGGAAGGAGAUAUAGAGCUAAUCAACUACUUGGAUGCUUUCUUGUAGCAGUUGGUGUAAUCAUAACUGUAGCAAGUGGAUCUAGUGGUGGACAUUCAUUGAAGGAGGCUGGUAUAUUUUGGAGUCUCUUAAUGAUAGUUUCGUUUUUAUUUCAAGCGACCGAUACAGUGCUGAAGGAAGUAAUCUUUUUGGAUGCUGCCCGGCGGUUAAAAGGAGGUUCAGUAGACCUAUUUGUUGUAAAUUCCUACGGAUCCGCCUUCCAAGCCUUGUUUAUAUGCCUUCUCCUACCUUUUUUGUCAAAAUUAUGGGGCAUUCCAUUUAUUCAACUGCCACAAUACCUUAAAGACGGUGCAGCUUGCUUUCUGAACAUUGGUACUUUGUCAAGCGGAUGUGAUGGUGCUCCACUGCUACCUUUGUUGUUUGUUGUUGUCAACAUGGGUUUUAACAUAUCCUUGUUGUAUCUGCUCAAGAUCUCUUCUGCUGUGGUGUCUUGCCUUGCUUCUACAUUUUCAGUGCCAAUAUCAGUCUACGUGUUCACGUUGCCGCUGCCGUACCUUGGCGUUGCAUCUUCCCUUCCUCCAGGCUUUGUUGCAGGAGCCAUUGUUCUUGUUAUGGGCUUGCUCAUCUAUACUCGGACACCGUCAGUUCCCUCUAGUGCUCCUCCAUCGCUUCCCAACUAGUAUAUGAUCAGCAGAUUACCCCGGUUGUUAAGUGCAACCGAUAACGCUUCUCUGCGUUUUGGAUUUUGCAAAAGUGAGAAGAGUGCAACCAAAAGCGUUUCUCUUCGUUUUGGAUUUUGUAGAAGUGAGAAGAAGAGGAGGAAUUGAGGAAGAGAGAGGAAAGCCAUUAAUAAUUGUCAUUUUUGUUCCAUGGAAAAUGUAAUGUGCGUUUCUGGCAAUUAGAGCCCAAGCAAGUAGGAUAUAAAACUCUUUUCUUUUUUUUUUCCUUUU